AUGGACGAUUUUUCAUCCUCUGACGAUGACGACUUGCUUCAGGAAUUGAUCAAGAGACCAUCUAGAUAUACACAGGUAUCCUCAACACAGACACAGGUUGCGCAGACUCAAGAACCCCUAUGGCAGACUAAUGCACAAAAAGGGAAAAUCGAUGGUCAUAAUACAAAUCAAAUAAAGUAUGAUGCCGCUGAAGCACAAUUACUCAAGGCACAAGGUGAAGCUAGUAUGCUUAGAGAUAAAAUUGCUCUCUUGAAUGCUGAAAAAGAGAAAGAUAGGUUGGUACAAGCAAAUAACGUACAUGAAUUGAAGGCAUCAUUUCAACAGGACAUCAAUAAGCUAAGCUUAUUGAUCCAAAAAUUGGAGGAUAGAAAAAAAUUUCUAGCAAUUGAAAACAAAAGUUUAUUGUCCAAGAAAAUUCUGCCAGCCUCAUCACCAUCGACAUCAUCUCUCAAGAAGGAUUCCUCGAGUUCAUCAAGGUCUCCAUUAGCCAAAAAGCGCAAAAUUGAAAGUGAUGAUCUUCUGAAGAAACAGUUUGUUCCUUUGAACCCAAAUAAAAUAGUAUCCGAUGAAACAUCGGAUUUUUUUGAUUCUAUAGUAUCUCACAGGAUUGCUGGAUCAGAAUUGCCAACGAUUGAGAUAUUAAAUGUUAUCAAAUUUCAAUACAUAGAUAGUUUUCACUUCAAAACUUUCCAUAUUUUAAAAGAUGAAUCCAUAGGAAAAUCAAUAAUCAACAUGAUAUUAAGAUGUAAAAAAAGCAUGAGUCUCGACAGAUGUAUUGAUACAUUAUUGGAAAAUUUAGCUGUCUUAAUCAAGGAAAUUUCUUUCCACGCAAAAGAGUCAAAACUAACUGUACCGUUUUUAGUAGCUUUGAUGCAUCAAGUUAUCACAUUUAGGCCAAGUGCUGUCCCUAAUUUAGCUUUAAAAGACCUUUUUCUGUUUAUUUGUGAUUUAAUCAAGAGGUACCAACGUGUGCUUAAGCAAUCAUUACAUAAAUCGCCGUUUGAUUUGGAUUUCGAACCCCAAAUUUUCCAAUAUAAAUUCAUUGAAAACCUAAUUGUGUUCUACUCAUUUGAUGUUCUGGAAACAUCAGUGAGGAUUCUACAAUCUCAUCCAAAUGUAGUUUUUUCCGAUUUCUUAGACUCAGAAGUCCUUUCAUCCUUCGAAGCAGUUUAUAAAUUGUCACUAACGAUAUCUUUUAAGCCUGUUUUGAAUGUCAUUUUCAAUACUGUAGAAAUUUUAAGCAUCCUAGCGAAUAUAUUGGUAACGUAUGACAAGCAAAAUGACGAGGAUUUUUUGAUUCCAUCAUCCUGGUGGAAAGAUGUGAUCACAAGACUCUAUCAUGUCCUUUCAAAGUCGAUAAUAAAUGCAAAUGUUUAUGAUUCUGAUGAUGUCAAUAUUCUUUCAAAUAAUAAAUUUAAUGAUAUUUACAGCUUGUGUAGGAAUACAGGAGAAAAUCGUCUUGGUAACUUGGUGUCGAAACUGGUCCACAAAGAUAAGCUUCAAGGUAUUCCAAGAGUAAUAUCUAAGGAUGACAUUCCAUCUUUAGAAAGCGACAAAGUAAAUUUUCAAUUUGAAAGGUGGGCCUUUCAUUUGAAAAGCCUGAUUCUCAAUGUCUUUGAAAAUAUAAUAAUGAUAUAUCCAAAUGAUAACAAUACUGGCAGAGGAGAAAUGUUCGUGAAUUUAUCUACAUUGAUUUCAAAAGAACAAGAGGCAAUGAUCAAUAGAGGUAUUGGACAGGAUUCUCCUAAUUUAGCAAUCAAGGUGAGAUUUAUUGAGAAUAUUCUUGCCAUCAUCUAUCAACUUUGGAUACAAAGUUCUGCACAAAUAUCGCAAGAACAAAUGAAAGAAACUAAGCAUAAACUAGCUAUGGCGUUGUGGAGGAUUAUCGUCUCUCAACAAGAUGGCCACUCAAAAAAUAUGCUAGAGCUGAAAGACCAUUGUCAUUUAGUUGAAAAAUUCCAUAACUUAAGUUUACUUGAGCAAGUUUCAUAUUACGAUGAUGCUUUAGAAACAACUCCUGAAUAUGUCGCCCAAGAACUUCGUGACGAGUUGAAAAACCGGUCUUUGGGUGUUAUGCAAGUUAAGUAUGGCGAUGUCUAUCAAGAAAUGGCUAAAAAUAUACUAGAGUCUGAGUUGGGUAGUUUUGCAUCCAUGGAAGAAUCUGAUUCGUUGUACAUGGCAAUGGGCCUCUAG